AUGACCGAGGAGGCACACUGUUACAACGGAAAUAUUAAAGACGGAUUGUUUCACGGGCAUGGCGUUUUGAUUUAUUCAAAAGAUGAGAAAUAUGAAGGGGAUUUUAUGUAUGGAAAAAGAGAGGGAAAAGGAAAAUUUACGUAUGCUGAUGGUGCAACAUAUGAAGGAGAAUGGAUUGAUGACAAAAUUCAUGGAAAAGGGAUAGCAAAAUUUGUAAGUGGUAAUAUAUAUGAAGGAGAAUGGAAAAAUGGGAAAAUAAAUGGAUAUGGUAUUUUAAAUUAUAACAAUGGCGAUAAAUAUGAAGGAGAAUGGGUUGAAGGGAAAAUGGAUGGUAGAGGUACAUAUACAUAUGAAGACGGCGAUGUAUAUGUAGGGGAAUGGAAAAAUGAUAAAAGACAUGGGAAAGGAUGUGUUAUAUAUAAAGGAAAUGAAAAUAAAAUUGCAGAAACAUAUGAAGGAGAUUGGUUUGAAGGGAAAAUCCAAGGAAAAGGUACAUACUUCUUUGCCGAUGGAGGAGUAUAUGAAGGAGAUUGGGUAGAUGGUAAAAUGGAAGGAAAAGGAUUAUAUAAAUAUUUAAAUGGUAAUAAAUAUGAAGGGGAUUGGUCUAACGACAUGAAAAAUGGUUAUGGGGUUUUAACUUAUGUUAAUGGAGAAAUGUAUGAAGGAUAUUGGAAAGAUGAUAAAGUACAUGGUAAAGGUACAUUAACAUAUACUAAGGGGGAUAAAUAUAUAGGUGAAUGGAAAUUUGCUAGGAAAUCAGGGGAAGGGGAAUUAAUUUAUGCUUCUGGUGAUAAAUUUAAAGGAGAAUGGAAAAAUGAUAAGGCUAAUGGGUUUGGAAUACUUUUAUAUUCAAAUGGAAAUAAAUAUGAAGGAGAAUGGGUAGAUGACCAAAGGCAUGGAUUUGGUACUUUUACAUGUAAAGAAGAUGGAUCUAUUUAUUCUGGUAAUUAUGCCUUUAAUAGAAGGGAAGGACAAGGUACCUUAAUAUUUCUUGAUGGUAUUAUUAUUGAAGGUUUAUGGAAUUCAGGUGUUUUAACCAAAGUUACAAAAUUUCAGUUAGCUCCAUCUUCCCCUUGGAAUGAUCCAGACUUGUGA